AUGUCGCCUGAGGCCCAUGCAGAAAAUGCUGUUCAAAAUCCGCUCUUAGCACUAGUCCCGGAUAGGAAACAGCUUGAACACGAGCGUCUACAGCGCGUAGCUGCGCGUGAGCGACAGCACUCGAAGCGCAAACGCAGUCGCUCCGCAUCAUAUGAUGCAUCCGCAUCGGUCGACACUGAAGAGCAGUUCACAAAGCAAGCGAGAAUCACGGCGCCUAGUCAGCGAUAUACGCCCGUAUCAUCUGCAGACCGAUUCUGGAAUGGCGCUAUCAAGGCCACCCACAAUCGAUACUCACGCGCGGCUCGUGCAGGAACACGGCUAGAACAGGUUCUUCUACCUGCUACUUCCACCGAUGCGUGUGGACUGCAGCGAGUCAUGAUGGCGUCAUAUGAUGUGGACAUUGAGUGGCUCGAGUCGAUCUUUCCACCUGAUAUUCCUAUCACGUACAUUGGCAAUCCGCCGCCGGCGCACCAUGGUGGCGUACCCGCAGGGCUGUACCGCAGUGAUUUGCAUGGAAACUGGGAAAUGGCUGUUCCGUUCAGACCACAUGCUCGCGCUCUGCAGCACAUGAAGUUUCUCCUUCUGUUCUUCGACACACACGUACGCGUCGUCAUAUCGACAGGUAACCUAACCCCUCUUGACUGGUCUCGGUAUGAAAAUAUGAUGUAUAUACAGGACUUUCCGUCCACAACGCAGGCCCAUGUAUGCACCUGCGGUGCCGGAUACAGCAGCUACGGGUUUUUGGCGCAGCUUGAGCGCGUUCUUUCUUCUCUAAGCAUACCCCCCAAUCAUGCUGCCAUGCAGAAACUCCAUGAAUACUCGUUCCAAGGAGCACGCGCUCAUAUCGUAGCGAGCUGGCCGAUACAAUCCGUCGCACGCGGAUGGUCUAACAUGGAGGAAGCGGGUCUCAGUCGUUUAGGCCAUGUGGCUCGUGCGUUGUGCCCUACGAUAGAACCCUCACUUCGCAUGGAGGCUCAAGGAUCAUCUCUUGCGUCCUAUGACCGCCGCUGGCUUGAGCAAUUCUACCUUCUUGCCUGUGGUUACCCAACAUCGAUUCUGCCGCUCACAUCAAAGCGCACAGAGAAUCCAUCUCCCGAAUUCGUGCAAGCUGUCGGUAUUCAGGACUGGCCACCAAUUCAAAUUUUGUUCCCGACACAAUCCUACGUCGUACACAAGAGUGUGGAAGGCCGCCAAGGUGGUGGAUGCUUCUUUGGGAAACCGGACGACUUUCACAGGCGGCAGCUUCGGGGGCUCUUCGCGCAGCCUAUAUCUGAGCGUGGUCAUUUACUGAUACAUGCAAAAAGUAUUCUCGUGACCAAUGAUACAUAUUCUAACGGGUACGUGUACCUUGGAAGUCACAACUUCACUCGUGCCGCUUGGGGCACAGUAUCAGGUACACCCGAGCACCCGACGCAGUCUCUUAGCAACUGGGAAUUGGGUGUAGUGCUUCCUCUCUCACACAAAGAUGCAUGGGAUGCAAUUUUGUACCAGCGCCCCGCUCAGCCUUAUGGAGCACAUGAUGCGCCUUGGGAUGCCAACAGCUUAGCCGCUUGA